CGUAAUUUCUCUGUUCGGACUAAAUAGAGUGAACAACAUGUGGCUAUUGAUAUUGGCUUCCGCUCUUGCUUUUGCCUCGGGUAAACCACAUUCCAAACUGAACGUGAAAAACACGCCAUGUGGAACACCGAGUGGUUCGCCUAACGGUCUGACACAGUAUAUUGUUGGUGGUGUGGAAGCCAACGUAGACGCGUGGCCGUGGCAGAUUAGUUUGGAGUACAAUGGUCGCCACAUAUGCGGUGGAACCCUUGUCAGGAACGACGCCGGAGAUUUGGUUGUCGUCACUGCUGCCCAUUGUGUUGACGGAUCUCUAGGAAAUCCAAGUAACCUUAGAAUAAAAGUAGGAGAGAUGAGGUUGAGCCAAAAUCUCGGACAACGUAUGUCUGUCCGAGAAGUCAGAAAACACAGGAGUUAUAACUCUGCAACAAUUAACAAUGACAUCGCCAUAUUAACAUUUAACACUCAGCCAACUGAAAGCAGUUCAGUUAUGCCAGCUUGUUUGCCAUCGAGAGAUCAUGGAGUCAACGAAUUGGCUUACGUUACUGGCUGGGGCACUACUUCUGAAGGUGGUUCCACGACAGACAGACUGAUGGAAGUAUCCAAGCCUAUUCUGUCUGACUCCGCCUGCGCGUCUUUCCUCGGCAGUUCUUACAAGAGUGCAACUAUGUUGUGCGCAGGUUAUGAGGCUGGUGGCGCUGAUGCAUGCCAGGGAGACUCCGGUGGACCUUUUGUUGCUCAAAGAAAUGGUGCCUGGGAACUGGCUGGCGUGGUCAGCUGGGGAUAUGGGUGCGCUAGACCAGAACUUCCAGGAGUAUAUGCUGAUGUGUGGAAUUUUGUAAACUGGAUUAAAGCCAACUGGAGCACGUGAACAUAUAUGAAAUAUUCCAGUAAUGAAUAAAUGUGAUAUAUAUACCUUGA